UGAUCAAAAUAAAAUGAAAUAAUAUGUUAAUAAUUUAAUAUUUGUUGUUUUUAAUGUUUUUAUGUAAGAAAGAGUGUGUGUGUGUUUAGCCUCCUCGUUCCACUUUUUAAUACAUUUUCAUUUCUCCCCCAACAAUAAAAAUCCUGAGAAUGCCGUGUAUCAGAAUUGUAGUUUUUUUUGGAUUUAGAAAUAGUUGCAAUAAAAAAAAAUACACAGACUAAUUUGUGACUUAAUUUAUUAUACCGCAAGCUACUGCACAGUGCACAUCCACGUACGGUUGCUUAUACGCAAGAAUUUAUUGUAUUAUAAUUGUAUUCAGUAGAAAGACAUCCAAUAACACAGAACAGUAAUAUACUACAGUAUGGCUUGUAAUAUUGAUCAGUUUUUGGAUCAGAAAACACCAAAUAAUGAACCAUUAAGAGGAAAAUACAUGAAAAGUUUUGGUUAUCAUUCUCUAAUGCACAGAAUGCCAGAUGUAUUUUCUGCAAUAACUGGAUUAUUAAAAGCCAAACAAUUCACUUUGGCAAACAAAGAAGAAAUAAAUGAUAUUGUUAACAAAUUGGAACUACUACUUUCUGAAAUAUUGAACAAUAAGCCUCUACGAACAAUUGAUAGUACUUCUACAUUAGCAUUGAUGUGGAAUCAAUUAUUAGAAAAAAAAUUUAAUUCAGAUUCAAUUGUAACAUGGUUUGAUACAGAAUGGCUUUUUACUGAGAAUUAUUUGUAUAUAAGAAUAAAAGAGAUUUUCGAAAAAACGAAAAUGUUGAAAGAUUAUGACCCUUUUGAACAACUGAAGUAUAAAGCUUUUGAUGAAUCUGAAAUAACAAUGAUAGCUAUAGCAGAAUUUUUAAAUUCUCAAUUUUCAAAGAAAGAAUUCGACAAUAAAAAUUUGAAGAUACUUUUCAUACAAAUAUUAAAGAUUUGUUUGUGGGGAAAUAGAUUUGAUUUGUCUCUCAAUAUUGGAAAAUCAAAAAACAUUUCUGAAGAUCCGUUAGAAGCUAUUGUAUCUUUAGAUAAAUAUAUUUUGACUGAUCAUUCAGAUGAAAUUUGGAACACUUUGAAUGUUUCAUAUGACAAAAAUCCUAAGAUAAUUGAUAUUAUCUUGGAUAAUUCGGCUUAUGAACUAUUCACGGAUAUGUGUUUGGCACACUUUUUUAUUACUUAUGGAUUUGCCGAAACUGUUGUCUUUCAUGGAAAAUCUAUCCCUUGGUAUGUGUCAGAUGUUACAAGACCAGAUUUUGAACACUUUUUAAAUCGUUUAGUUAAAGAAUGUACAUCAAGUGCCCUUCAACAAAUUGGAAAUAGGUGGAACAAUUAUUACAAAACUGGAAAAUUUGUAAUUGAGUGCGAGGAGUUUUGGACCUUACCUCACUGUUACUCAACAAUGGCCACCGAAGAUCCAGAGUUAUAUAAAAAAUUAGCUUGCUCCCAAUUAUUAAUAUUUAAAGGCGAUUUAAAUUACAGAAAACUAAUUGGAGAUAUCAAUUGGUCACCAUCAACUACAUUCAAAUCUGCCUUGUGUCGAUUUCAACCAACAGCUGUGGUAGCUUUACGUACAUUAAAAUGUGACUGUGUAUGUGACCUUGACUGUGACUAUGAAACCAAAAUUGAUGAAACUGAUAAAAAUGAUAAUUAUCUUUGUUCCACUAAUUAUUGGCAAGUUAAUGGCAAAUACGCUGUGGUGCAUUUGAGUAAAUAG